AUGAGUCGCCAACCACUACCCAACGCUCCCCGAAGGACGAAUGUUGAAGUCGAGGACUACACUUUCGAAGAAAGAAAGACUCUUGAUAGCAUUGAAAAAAAGUAUACCUUGAACCUUCUUCUGAAGGCGAGUUACUCUUCAUUGACCGGGCCUGAAGGCUUUCGGGAGUUAUACCAGAACUGGAGAGACGCAAUGAUUGUCUCGCACAAGACAGAGAUAUACAUCGUCGAAGAACGGAACAAUACCGAAAUCAUCUACAAGGCGUACGGACGCAGCACCGGGUCCAAGUGCCUCGGCUACAUCAUAUUCAGGGGCCACAACGGAAAGGGCACAGUCGAGAUCACCAACUGCGAUUCUAGGCUGGAGCCCUAUCACCUCGACAUGGGCGGCACCACCAAGGCCGCCAACCAGGACCUUGCGGGCUUUCACGGUGAGGGCCUCAAGCUCGCCUUGCUGGUCCUGCAGCGCGGAGAGCAGAAUCAUUCCGUCCGCUGCACAUCCGGUAGCUUUAGCUGGUGCUUUGGGUUUACCACCCAGGGUAAACUAGUCGCAAAUCUGACUCGUCUCACAAAUGCGCGUAGCAAGGACAAACACCCGCAAGGUAGUCUAGCUCCCUUUUUCCCAAAUUAUAGGACUGAUGUCAGGUUCGUUAUUGGCGAGAUCAAGAAAGCCAAGAACGAGCGAGGCGAGAUUGUCAGACGGAGCGCCGUGAAGCGUGAAGAAUUCGAGUCCUGGUGCACCACCGUCCUCGCUCUUCAGAAACUCGACAAGGACAGUGUCCUGAAGACCAAAUAUGGUGAGAUCAUCAUGGACCCCAAGCACAGAGGUAGCCUCUACCUCAAGGGUCUGCUCAUGCGCAGAUCUACGCGCUCUUGCUCGGCGAGCAUGACGGGCAGGCCCCUCAAGUACGGCUACAACUUCGAGAAUGGCACCACAAAUCGAGAUCGAAGAACUCUGGGCUCAGCCGAAGAGGAGGGUCGUGCUAUCCUCGCAAUCUGGCAAGCGGCGCUGGUUGAACGGCCUGACCUCGUGGGUGAACUCUCAGACAUCCUCAACUCUUCAGAUCCCCAAUGGGCAGAGGUUUCCAUGCUCGGUGUCGGUUUAUUACCUGGUACUGCCGACAAGCUCGCCCAACACCUCCUUUCGGAUGCGUCCAGAUGGUACUACUCUCCGAGGGAGAGAGAAGAGGCCAGUGUCGGGCAGAAAGAGCAGCAGUUGGUGCUGGCCGAGCAGAGACUGACAGAGGGGAAAUCUCGCGCCGGCGAGUCGAUGAAGUACGGAGCAAAAUUCUGCAAUGUCAAGAAAGGGACCAGAUACUUUGCUAUCGUCUACAGGCCCGACAAGCCCUCGUCCCUUGUCGCUGUGUCAAACAUGGGUGGCAUUCCUGCCGGCACUCAUGAGGCUUCCAGAGCUCCAUCGGGUGCGAGAGCCGCGCCUCAACAAGCACCCUCAUACCCCUUUCCAGGAGGUCAAGGCAUCCCCCAAACACCAUCACGCUUUCCAGCCGGCCAAGGCAUCCCCCAUACGCGGCCGAUCCAGGGCCAAGGCAUGCCCGUACCAAUAUACGCAGGCGGCUUUGAUCCUCAAUGGCCCAAUCCCCAGGUGGUUAACCAGCUCCCACCCGAGGCCAUACGUCAAGUCAACUACCGUCAUCCCGCUCAAGGUGUCCCUGUAUAUCUCAGGGGCAAUGGGGGCAUGGGACAGCCUUUUCAAAAGCGUCACCGCACUGGCUGA